GCGCGCUUUCUAUACCACGUGACGAUUUCGCGGGAAAAGUCGGCGUUGUGGGGGAAAGAAUAGCAUUUGCAGAGAAGCAGCGGAGAUAAAUUUACCACCAUGGCGGAUUCAUCAGAGUCAUUUCACGUGGCGACCAGCCCCAGCCGUGGCUCCAGGCGGGGUGACCUGACAUCCAGCCCCGGGAGAGACCUACCACCGUUCGAGGACGAGUCGGAGGGGCUCCUCGGUGACGGCACUCUGCACGGAGAGGAGGAUGAGGGCGACGGGGAGGAACUGAUUGGAGAUGCAAUGGAGAGGGACUAUCGCGCCAUCCCAGAGUUGGACCGGUAUGAAGAGGAGGGUCUGGAUCUGGAUGAAGAGCUUUCUGAGCUGUCCCCUGGAGCCAGGGCUGCUGCGGAGGAAGCGAUGAGGAGGAGGGACAGGGAGCAGGGAGGGAGGUUCGGGAUUGAACUGCUGUAUGACAGUGAGGAUGAGGAUGAUGAGCGUCCGGCUCGGAGACGUCGCCGCGUUGAGCAUGCUGCGGAGGGCACCGGGGCCGAAGGGGAGGAUGAGGAGAUGAUCGAAAGCAUUGAGAACCUGGAGGACAUGAAGGGCCACUCAGUCAGGGAAUGGGUUGUCAUGGCUGCUCCACGACUGGAGAUCUACCACCGCUUCAAAAACUUCCUGCGCACCCACGUGGAUGAGAACGGGCACAACGUCUUCAAGGAGAAGAUCAGCGACAUGUGUAAAGAGAACAAGGAGAGUCUGGUGGUGAACUACGAGGAUCUGGCUGCCAGAGAGCAUGUGUUGGCCUACUUCCUUCCAGAAGCCCCUACUGAGAUGCUCAAGAUAUUUGACGAGGCAGCCAAGGAGGUGGUCCUGGCAAUGUACCCAAAAUAUGACCGCAUCGCCCAUGAGAUUCACGUCAGAAUCAGCAACUUGCCGCUGGUUGAGGAGUUGAGAUCCCUUCGGCAACUCCAUCUGAACCAGUUGAUCCGUACCAGUGGGGUGGUGACUAGUUGUACUGGAGUUCUGCCCCAGCUGGGUAUGGUCAAGUACAACUGUAACAAGUGUAACUUCAUCUUGGGGCCCUUUUUUCAGUCCCAGAACCAGGAAGUCAAACCAGGUUCCUGCCCUGAGUGCCAGUCAUUUGGACCCUUUGACAUCAACAUGGAAGAGACUGUGUACCAGAACUACCAGCGAAUCACCAUCCAGGAGAGCCCUGGGAAGGUGGCCGCUGGUCGCCUCCCACGCUCCAAAGAUGCCAUCCUAUUGGCUGACCUGGUGGACCAGUGUAAACCCGGAGAUGAAAUAGAGCUGACGGGUAUCUACCACAAUAACUAUGAUGGCUCUCUGAACAUGGCCAAUGGCUUUCCUGUAUUUGCUACGGUCAUUAUGGCCAAUCACAUUACUACUAGAGAUGACCGAGUGGCUGUUGGAGAACUCACCGAUGAAGAUAUCAAGGCCAUUGUAGCUCUUUCCAAGGAUGAACGCAUUGGAGAGAGGAUCUUCGCCAGUAUCGGCCCGUCAAUCUAUGGCCAUGAGGACAUCAAGAGAGGCCUGGCCUUGGCGCUGUUUGGUGGAGAACCGAAGAACCCAGGCGGGAAGCACAAAGUGCGUGGUGACCUCAACGUGCUGCUGUGUGGUGACCCUGGGACGGCCAAGUCCCAGUUCCUGAAGUAUGUGGAGAAGGUGGCCAGUCGAGCAGUGUUCACCACAGGCCAAGGGGCCUCAGCUGUGGGACUGACAGCCUAUGUACAGAGACACCCCGUCACCAGGGAGUGGACCCUGGAAGCAGGAGCCCUGGUGCUAGCAGACAGGGGAGUCUGUCUCAUCGAUGAGUUUGACAAGAUGAAUGAUGCAGAUAGGACCAGUAUCCAUGAGGCAAUGGAACAGCAGAGCAUCUCCAUUUCCAAGGCAGGCAUCGUCACUUCUCUGCAGGCUCGUUGUACCGUCAUCGCUGCGGCCAACCCCAUCGGUGGGCGUUACGACCCUUCUCUCACAUUCUCUGAGAACGUGGAUCUGACGGAACCCAUUAUAUCUCGUUUUGACAUCCUGUGUGUCGUGAGAGAUACUGUGGACCCAGUGCAGGAUGAGAUGCUGGCGCGAUUCGUUGUGGGAAGCCACAUAAAACACCACCCAAGCAACAAGGAGGGUGGCAUGGCCAGUCUGGAGGAGGUGGUUCUGCCCAACACCUCCGACGUGCCCCCCAUCCCCCAAGACCUGCUCAGGAAAUACAUAAUCUAUUCCAAGGAGAGGGUCCGGCCCAAACUCAACCAGAUGGAUCAAGAUAAGGUUGCUCGGAUCUACAGCGACCUGCGUAAGGAGUCCAUGGCAACGGGCAGUAUCCCCAUCACUGUGCGUCACAUUGAGUCCAUGAUCCGCAUGGCGGAGGCCCACGCUAGAAUGCACCUCCGGGACUACGUUGUGGAGGAUGACGUCAACAUGGCCAUCAGAGUCAUGCUGGAGAGUUUCAUCGACACACAGAAGUUCAGCGUAAUGAGGAGCAUGAGAAAGACGUUUUCACGCUACCUGGCAUUCAGACGUGACAACAAUGAACUGCUGCUGUUCAUCUUGAAGCAGCUUGUGGCGGAGCAGGUUGCCUAUCAAAGGAACCGGUUUGGAGUACAACAGGACACCAUCGAGAUCCCUGAGAAAGACCUGGUUGACAAGGCCAGACAGAUCAGCAUCCACAACCUGUCUGCGUUCUACGACAGUGACGCGUUCCGAGCCAACAAGUUCUCUCAUGACAUGAAGAAGAAGUUAAUCCUGCAGCAGUUUUAAAUCUUUCAUCUGCUGUUGCCUGGGAAACAGACUUGCCUCUGUCUGCCUCCAAAAUGCACUCUUCUCUGUCUGGGGUAUUGCUCCCGACAAGGGCCCUGGAGGUCUGGUGGAGACCGAUGCUGUCUGAAUGUGUAAAUAGUUGUAAAUGUUUGUCAAGCUGUUGUAGGAUGGAAGGGUACUCAUAAGGAUUAUAUACCUUCAUUUUUGUUUGUUUUGGAGUGCAGGUGUGGUGUCAAUGUAUUUUGAUGGAAUUUUUAGGAAAGCAAUGUUACAGUGGAUGUGGGAACGUCUAGACUGUUUCAGUUGAAUCACCUUGAGAUUGUAAUAUGGCACAACUGUUCGGUAACGCUCAUUCUUUACGAUGAGUAGCUGCUGACCAUGACAGUUGUGUAUCUCUGAAAUAUGUUUGGAAUGGUGGUGAUAAUAAAUUGCGUUUGUAGAA